AUGCAUCACAUGGCCGCUCAUUUACAGCGCAAGCCGGAGCACAAGCCUGAGCCCGGCCCGAGCCUGUAUGAGGUGCGCGUGAGGAUGCGUGAGCGUCUGCUGUGGGACGAGCCGCUGCAGUUCUCCUAGCUGAUGGAGGCCGAGUCAUUCACCUCCUCCCUUCAGACGGGAAGUCCUGCGGCGGGCGCGGGCAUGACCCUCGAGCAAAAGACCACCUUUGCCUUCUUCAUCUUCCUCUUUGUCUUCAUCUGUAUGCUGAUCGUGCGCUGCUUCUGCAUUCUGCUGGACCCGUACCGCAGCAUGCCCACCUCCACGUGGGCCGACGGUCUGGAUGGUCUGGAGAAGGGACAGCUUGACUACACGCUGGCGUAG